AUGACCGUCCAUGAUCAAGCGUCGGCGCUACUCGUAGCCGCCAUCAUGGCGGUUCUUCUCCUCUGCCCGGCAGCACUGCCAGCGGCAGCGGACGCGUCCGUCAUGUUCCGCUCUUCCCGCCGCCUCACGCAGAGUCUAGGUCUGCUCACCCUUCCGCAAUCGUGGUUUCGUGGCGCGCGGCAGGAACGCUCGCUGGUCGAGCAGGCUGGCGGCACAGGCGAAGCACCCCCAAAGGGCGGAGGCGGCGGCGCGACACACCACGGGCCCACCAGCGGCGGCGUCGCCCACAAACCCACUGACCCAGCGGCGGCGGCGUUGGCGGACGCCGGCGGCGGCGUUGGCGGCGCUGGCGCCGGCCAGGCACCCUCUGACGUCGGCACAGGCGAUGGCGCGCGCCAAGGACCAGCAUCCGACGCAGGUGAAGCACAGGCGGCGGAGGCGCCAAGGACUAGCACAGGCGGCGGAGGCGCCAACCAAGGACCCCAAGACGCAAGCGCAGGCGUCGCCCUCGGACCCAACGUUGGCGGUGCGGACGCAGGCGAAGGACCUGCCAUCGCCGGCCGUGGAGGUAGCGCAGGGACGAACCAAGAUCCCACCAACACCGGCGCAGGCGGAGUCACCCAAGGACCCCCAGGCGCCAGUGGCGCUGGCGGCGCAGGUGCCGGCCAAGGACCCCCCGACGCCGGCGCAGAUGGAGAUGGAGCAGGCAGCGACCAAGGGUCCCCCUUGGACGCAAGCGAAGCAAGCGCCAACGGCGGAGGUGGCGGAGCUACAAACCAAGGGCCCACCAGCAACGCAGACGGCGGCAAAGGACCAGCAUCCGACGCAGGCGAAGCGCCCGCCAAUGGCGGAGGCAGCGGAGCUUCACACCAAAGGCCCACUGGCAGCACAGGCGGCGGAGGCGCCAACCAAGGAUCCCCCGACGCCAGCGGCGACGGCGGUGCAGGUGCCGGCGAAGGACCCGCCAACGCCGGUGGUGGAGGCAGCGCAGAGACGAACCAAGGGCCCACCGGUGCAAUCGCAGGCGACACAGGCACCGCCGGCGGCCAAGUACCCGCCGACACGGGCAGCUCAGGCGCCAAACAAGGCCCCACCGACGCCAACCAGCCUAAUGCCCCCAUGGUGCGGCAUCAUGGCGGACAUCGCGCGGCGGCAACAUCGGGAGUGCGCAUGCGGGACCUGGUGGUGUGGCGGGCCGCCAAAUUCCAGCUGAAGGCGCGUGAAGCCCGGGCGCACAUGGCGGCCGGCAAGGCCGCGGCAGCCGUGGCGCAUUCGCACGCUUCGGCGCUGGAGGAUGCGACAAACGUGAAGGCUUGGACCGGCCUGGCACGCAGUUGUGUGGAACAGAUGGCAUUGGCGUCAGAGAGUGUGGAGGAGGCAGCGGGGAUGAUGGAGAGCGGCAGCGAGGACGUUAACCUGCCGCGCAUCCACCUCUCCAACGCCGUCACGCUCGCGCUCGACUGUGCCGAGGGAUUCGACCUCUUUUCACCGGGCAGCUCCCGCAACCCUCGCAUCAAGGCCCUGCAGAGAGCAGCGAUGGACGUGCGGGCGUCGGUGAUGGAGGCGCUGGGGCGAGCAGCGGACAUGGCGGCCAUAAUUGCAGCAGGCGACGACAGCGCUGCUGCUGCCGCCGUGCCUUCGCCCUCGCCCACUCGCCGCCGCCUGUUGCAAGCUGCCAGUGCGGGCAGGGCUCAUCAUGCAGGCCCCACCACCACCGGUGCAGGCACAGCCACUGCAAUCACGGUGGCCAACCCCCACAACUCCAUCCCCAACCCCCACACUCAUGGUGGUCCCACCACCGCCAACCGCACUGCCAGCCAUCAUGGCGAACCCUUCGACUCCACUCAUCAUGGCGAGCCAUCCGACUCCCCCAGCUGGACCCACACUGACGGCCCCAGGCCGUCACUACUACCACCCUCCCCGCCUCCUUCCCCCCCUCCCUCUCCCCCUCCCCUUUCGCCUCCCCCUCCUUCCCCUCCUCCUUCACCCCCUCCCCCUUCGCCUCCCCCUCCUUCCCCUCCUCCUUCCCCCCCUCCCCCUUCGCCUCCCCCUCCUUCCCCUCCUCCUUCUCCCCCGCCCCCUUCCCCUCCCCCUCCUUCCCCUCCUCCUUCUCCCCCUCCCCCUUCGCCUCCCCCUCCUUCCCCUCCUCCCCCUUCCCCUCCCCCUCCCUCCCCUCCUCCAUCCCCCCCACCACCUUCCCCUCCUCCUCCCUCCCCUCCUCCUCCACCCCCCUUCCCUCCUCCUCGACCUCCCCCCCCUCCUCCUCCACCUCCCUCCCCUCCCCCUUCCCCGCCCCCAUCUCCGCCCCCCCCCUCAUCACCCGUUCCGCGCAUCACCCCCACGGUCACCGUGGCACAGGAUGGUUCGGGGAACUUCCUUACCGUGCAGGAGGCGAUCAGGGCGUACCCAUCGGGGUUGAAGGGGCGCUAUGUGGUGUUCAUCCGGCCGGGCUUGUACCGUGAGAAGGUGGCCAUCAACUCCACCGCCAAGAACGUCACGCUACUGGGGCUCGGUGCUGCAUCCACUGUUAUCUCUUGGAACGACAAUGCCACUGCUGGCACUGCCACCUUCCAGACCCCCACUGUUGCUGUGGACGCGAGUGGCUUUGUGGCCAUCGGCAUUCGCUUUGAGAACACGGCAGGGAGGGCUGGGAACCAGGCGGUGGCGUUCAGGCAGACGGGCGACAACGCGGCCUUCUACGAGUGCGAGUUCAUCGCCUGGCAGGACACGCUGUAUGUGCACGGUGGGCGCCAGUACUACCGCAACUGCCAUGUGAACGGGUCGGUGGAUUGUCUUUGGCAACGGUGCGGCUGUGUUGGACAACUGCACGUUCCUCAUCCGCCCUCACAGCGGGUCGACAGGCCUAUGCCCGAGUGGCUGUCAUCAACACCACAAUCAGCAAUGUGGUACGUCCUCCUCUUGCACUCUUCCCUCUUUGACCUGCUGUUCCCUUUCUGCCAUGCUGCUGUCAUCGCACUGCCUCAACCCUCAUCCCUCACACUGCACUUGCCAAUUGUGUGCCACUCCCCACAGCUGAAUACAAAUGGCUGGCUGGACUGGGGGGGUACAGUGUACAACACUACUACGUUCAUCGAGCAAGGCAAUAGUGGGCCGGGGUCUGUGGGGCCGCGCAUAGCAUGGGCACUGCCAGGCAUCGUGACCGACCCUGCGCAGGUGGCCAUGUACUACCCCAACAGCUUCCUCGCCCCCUUCUCCUCCAUCGCCAACCUCAUUCCCUUCCCCUGGCUCUGA